AUGGCUAUAGUUGCUAUGAAGGAGCAACCUGAUAAUAACCCAGAAGAUCAGGGCUUUACACCAGAAGAAAAUAUUGACACCAAUAGGAAUGAUAACAAUGUGAGUGAUCAUCAGCCUAUGGUUAAUUCACCUCCUACAGAAAAUGCUAGUGUUGAUGAACAACCUGUUUUUACUGAGGAUAUUUAUGAUCCAAGAAAUUGGGAUAAUCUUGAUAACAAGUCAAGGGACAUAAUAGUAGAUGAAAAUAUUGAAUUUCCUUUGGAUACCAAUGGCAGACAUUUUUCAUAUACUCAUUACUCUAGAAAGAUGAGCAAUGGAGAAGUUUAUGAUAGAAAGUGGUUGGUAUAUUCAAAACAUGUUGAUAGAGUGUUUUGUUUUUCAUGUAAGCUUUUCAAUACAGAAAACUGCAAGAGUUCAUUGGGUCAUGAGGGGUUCAAAGAUUGGAAGCAUAUUAAUGAGAGGUUGAAAGAACAUGAAGCUAGUAUACAACAUAUUACAAGCAUGAACUCUUGGAAUGAACUGAGGGUGAGGCUCGGUAAGCAUGAAACAAUUGACAAAAACAUUCAGCAGCAAAUCACCAAGGAGAAAGAGCGUAUCAGGCAAGUUUUACAAAGAAUAAUUGCUGUUGUGAAAUUUCUUGGUAAGCAGAAUUUAGCUUUCAGAGGACCAAGUGAGCAACUUUACAAUGAUCAAAAUGGUAAUUUCUUAGCUUGUGUUGAGAUCAUUGCUGAAUUUGAUUUGGUUAUGCAAGAUCACCUCAGACGAUUUGUUGGUGAUGUUGGAGGUGAAGGCAGGAAAGUGAUCGCUGUCGUCAUCAUCAUGGUACUUGCCGGUACGGUCCCUUCUCCUUGCUUCGACAACACGCCGUGCAUCGUGGCCGUCAUUGAUCUUCUGCCUGAGGUCGACCGUGGGAGCAUCGUGAAGGCUGGCCUCGAGUGGAGCUUGGCCUUGAGGCCUUGCGCCUCGCUGGUUGCGAGGUUGGCGAGUAGAUUAUUAUACUUCUUGUUCAUCAAUGCCAUACGCGGAUGGGUGGCCCUCAUUCCGCUGGCAGCUGUUGUUCCUCCAGUUCUCGGGGCCUCCUCCAAGGGUAUGACAGAUCAGCAAGGUUUCGCCAUGGUGCUCAGACCUCGAGGGUAG